AUGGAUACAGGCAUAGGAGCUGAUCUUGAGCCCCAUGCGUACACGAGCGGUCGGUGGUUGCGACGGGACAGUCUAGAAUCACAGUCGCGCUACAUCCAAUUCAAUUUUGAUGCUCUUUGCCGGAGGGUCAUUGAACUGAGUCCUGGUGCAGGUUCUAUUAGAGCAUGUCGGAAGCUCGAGGGGGGGUUCAACAGGGUUUUCAUCUUUACUCUUGACAGCGGCAAGGAGAUUGUCGCGAGGCUUCCAUUCCAGCUGGCGGGACCUGCGAAACUGACCACUCUCUCUGAAGUUGCGACGGUUCGGUACUUACAAGCCAAGACAAGCAUUCCCAUACCGGACAUUCUCGACUGGAGUCAUGACUCUACUGAUUCAAGAAACGAGAUCGGCUGCGAGUACAUCAUCAUGGAGCAUGCGAAAGGUGUUCCGCUACGUCAAAAAUGGCAACAAAUGGCGGGCAACCAGCGAGUCAGGUGCAUAGACUCAAUAUACCGCACGGCCAGAGAAAUGGUUGACUUGGAGUUUCCAGCUUAUGGGAACAUUUACUUCGACAGUACCCUUGAUGAUGUCGAAAGUCAGUCGUUGGGUGAUGGAUUUUGUAUUGGGCCUCACUGCGGUGCUCGGUACUGGGAUUGUGAUCCUGGUGACCAGAGAUAUUAUCACGUCGCGAAGGGUAAUCAGGGGCCAUACACUGGUUUGUCUCGGGUCCCUCCCACCGAUGGCGAAGACGAAAAGAGGCCAAUGUAUCAUGGUUCGCCAGAUGCUCAUCUGGCUCUUUUGAAGUCUGUCCGCCAGGUUUUGAAGCAGAUGGCCGCGGAUCCUCGAAUCCGUAAAUCCUCCACGCCGCUCUUGUUUCAUCCGGACUUGCAUACACGGAAUAUCUUCGUAUCGGGAGACGACCCUUGUAUUGUCACCAGCAUUAUCGACUGGCAGGCAGCUAGCGUCGAGCCCGCAUUCUGGUAUGCAGAUGAAAUGCCGGAUUUUGCAACCACGGAUGCAAUAUGCACCAAGACUUUUGAACUCUGCUCACAGUUUCUGACGCCUGAGCUCUCCGGCCCAAGGCUGAUGGACGACAACCUCUUUCGGCCGUUUCGGUAUUCGUGGAGAACAUGGAAAGAUGGCGCUGUGGCACUGCGUCAUGACAUGAUUGAAACUGCUAGGCUCUGGAAAGAUCUAGGGCUAGUCGGUCCGUGUCCUUAUCCACUGCCGACGCCGAAAGACAUUGCGCAUCACAAGAAAGAGUACAGACUCUUCGAGGCAGCGCAGCAGUUGCGAACUAAUCUGUCCGACUUGCUGAAUACAACGUCAGAAGGCUGGGUACCGUCAGAUGAUUGGGAAGAGACUAGAUUAGCCCACAAGGAACUCUUCCGUGGUAUGCUGGAAGCGGUUGUAUCGAACCAGGAAGCGGAUGAUGAUGAGCCGGUCAAGGAUGAGAAGACUCUUAGGGCUAUUUGGCCUUUUGAUCUUGAGGAAUGA